AUGGAUGCUGCCACCACAAGCGGUGCAGCCAACCUCCCCGUCGACACCUCACCCUCUGCUACCGCAGAACUGGAUGCUUUCCGUGUGGAGAUUAUCAGCACUCAACUUCUAAAGAAGGAACUCAAUGCACAAGCGGUUGAGAAUUUGUUGGCUCAAAAACUGGCCCCCACCGGUACCAAUCUGGGCUAUCGCAAGAAUCAACUUCGUUUUUUGGAAUGGGCUAUUCAAAAUAACGUCUCUUUUACCUCCUUUACACCGGUCGAACUUGUCAAUUUCUUGGCUGAUAUGUCUAGUCGUCAUGGUCUUCAGGCAUCUACACUCAAAACCUUGCAGGCGGUCGUAGUUCAUCUACAUGAUGAUCCCAAAGGUAUUCGAGAAAGCGAGGUUAUUAACAAUUACAUAGAUUCUAGAAUGAAGCAGGCGCCUCCGGUCAACAUUCAUCGACCCACCAUUGAUAUCUCUCCAGCAAUGGCCUUUGCUCAAUCCAUCGCUUCUCGAACAACCACUCCCAUCAAACGGUUACAACAGAAGUUGGCUUUCCUUUUGGCAAUGGCAGCCUUUCUCCGUCCAUCAGAUUUGGCUCGUAUUCCUUUUGGCUCGUGCUCUAUCACCAACAAUGGCUGUCUCUACUUUGAGGUGGUGGCUCCCAAAGAAACUAGAGGUAAACGACGCAUCAUCAAGCCCUUUACGGUCCAUUCUCAUGCAUCCGAUAUCGAACUGUGUCCGGUACAAUGUUUCAAGGCUCUUCGAGACCAUCCUGGUUUGGCUUCUCGCCCUUCUGGUUCACAGCUCUUUGUUAAGUCCAAUCUCAUUAAUCAACCUCUCUCGUCAUCAACCAUCUCAUCAUGGUUGCAUAAAGAGUUCAUUCAACUUUGCACGUCUGAAUCAAAUGUUUCUGUUCGUUCUCUGGCUUCUUCUCGUGCCUUAGACAGUGGUAUUUCCCGGGAUAAUAUCGUAGCUCUUGGAAAAUGGGCUUCUUCGGAGACCUUUGUUCGUCAUUACUGUGGUGAUCUGAGCACUUUCAAUACAAAAUAUAAUAAAUAA